GGACAGGUAUUCAUGAAGUGUUAUGUCCUCGUUGCAGGAGAUCAUGCAGCGGGUGAAGAACGCCGGCUGGUUCUGUCCCCGCACGCUGAUGGACCACUGCCAGAACCUCGGCCUCGUCAUUGAUCUCACCGACACCUUCCGCUACUACAACCCUGAGGAGUUCGAGUUCCGCGGCGUCACUCACCUGAAGAUCCGCGUCAUGGGCAGGAAGAUCCCGGAGGAGAAGGCCGUCCUCAAGUUUUACCAGGCGGUCGACAACUUUCUGGAUAAGAACAAAGAAAAUGAGAAGGUGAUCGGCGUCCACUGUACCCACGGCCUGAACCGCACCGGCUACCUGGUGUGCAGGUACAUGAUACAGGUGUUGGGCAUAGCCCCCGACCAAGCCAUAGCAGACUUCAACAGCGCGCGAGGCCACGAGGUUGAGCGUGAGAACUACCUCACAGAUCUCCGCCAGGCGCCGUGGAUGAACCAGCCCAUUGCCACUUACUCCAAGAGCUCCUCAUCCUCAUCCUAUCGCCGCAACGCUGACCUCGAUAACUCCGCUGCCUCUCUUGACUCUUCUGCCAACAACACCUCCACUCUUGACACCACGUCCAGCGAGGUCGAGUCCCCCAGCGGUCCAUCCUUCAGGCCGGGGCUCUCCUGGAACAUCCCUCUCCUCAAGUACCCCGGCGCCAGUGAAGACGCUAGGGAGUCGUUGGGACCGGUGCGGCGGUGGAGCAACUCCCCGCGGCAGGACGAGCGGGUACACAGGCGGUCUACACGACGCUCAUCAAGGAACCACCCAGACGGCGAGAGCCCCACCACGGCCUCAACGCGCCACCAGAUACGUUAUUCAUCGUACGGGGCCCGUCGCUACUACGACCAGACCUACCAAGGCCGCGUGGCGCCUCAGUACGACCCCCACUUCUACCAGGAGCAAGGGUCGGGCGUGGGUCCUCACCGGCCGCUGCCCCGCUACCAAAGACAACAGCAGGCCCCCAACAAUGCCCCCCGCCAGUACCGAGGCCCCCGCCCGUACCGCAGCCCACCCAACGCCGUCGAAACUGCCACCACUCCGGCGAGACGAGAGGCACCGGAUGACUACUUCAAGACCCCUGACACCUCCAGGGCCAAAGACACCUUCAAGACCCCGGACACCUACAGGACACCCGACGCCUCCAGGACGCCGCGCUGCAGGCCCAGUGGACCUACCCGUAACCCACUGAGCCCAGGCGCCCAGGACGACGUGUUCAGCCCCAUUAGGCUUCGACGGUCCGCUAGAAUGACGCCGUACUGAGCCCCGCCGGCUGUCCCCCGCCAUGCCCCACGCUACGCUGUGCCCUCUCUUGGUCACCACGCAGUUGCCAUGCCCCUGAGAGCUGGUGGUGCCAAGGCGUUGAUUUGAUGAACGUUGUUACCGGAGCCGAACACAGGUGGUGGCUGGUGCGUCCGGGCCACUCACCUGCCGCCACACACACACACACACACAAACCCACAGAAACACGCACGCACACACACACACACACGCACACACACACACACACACACACACACACAAACAACAGUAGUCCGCGUGCGCUAUUUAUUAUGAUCACAGUCACCAACACACACAUUUACAUUGCCGUACACGUACAUCUGUUUUUUUUUUUUUUUUCCUCUACUUGACUGUCUUUUAAGAGUAUUGUGUUGACGCCUUUAGAGGGAGCUUUCUUAACUUUUCUGUCUUUGAACAUCUUUUGUUGUUUUGUUUUGACACCUAAGAUAAGACGUCCGCCUGCAUGCUGUGCGGCCACCUUACCCUACAGCUGUGAUCAGGCGGGGAAGUCAAGGUGAGUCCGUCGCGGAGGUGGAGUCAUGGCUUGUGUAGGCGGCUGAGAAAUGGUUACGUUAAGAGUUUUCUGAGAACACAAAAUAAAAAAAUAUAUUUAACACUAAUUGAAAUAAAAAAGUUAUAAUGCUUGACAAUCAUUCUGCAUACUGUACUUCCUGUAUUUCGAGUUCUCAUGUUAUUUACAUCACUAACGUGGCUGUGAUUUUCCUUAGGAAUAAAAUUCAUGAUGGGCUAAAAUAUUGACAAUGUGUCGUGGAUCUUCCUUUUUUAUACGAAAUGUGAAUCAUUUCAGUGAACGUAAUUUUAACUCUCCAUCUUCAUCAUCAUGAAUGCGUUACAUAUUCCGUCCGUCGGCCGCACAUGUAAAAUGGGUCAUACGGAAGCAUCAUUUCUCAGCAGCCGCAGCACACUGACAUUGCAAUGCGCAAUGCCCUCACAUUGCCUCAUGAUUCACCUCCGGGAAGUACUUUCCUUAAACAAAGUAUAUUUUUAUGAUAGUAUGAAAAUUACUAAUCCACAUCAGAUUUUUUCGUAUUGUAAGUAUUUUAGUAAAAUGGCAUCUUAUUAUACCGUAUGCCUCUUAUGCGUGUAUGUGUGUAUGUAUUAUAACAGUAAUGUCUUGCUAAUAAAGGUUGUGGUUGUA